UUCAUUCAGAAAGAGUCGACUCACUGAGUGUUCAGUGUUUAAAGACGAAGAGCUGAAGCUCCUACAGUACGUGGACGCUGGUAAAGUGUGUGUACGGGAUGGUGGAUGCAGUGCAGAUGAGAUGGAAAGCUUCGUGUUUCUUCUUCUGUCCUUUUUCACAACUUGUGCAGGUUUUGAUGUGAGCGUUCCCAAAGGUCACGUAGUCGCAAUUCGAGGUCAGCCAGUCAUCCUGGGCUGUGAGUUCACCCCUAACCCUGACCUUUCACCUCUGGUCUUGACCUGGCAGCGGGUGGAGGAUUCCCGUGUCGUGCACAGCUUCUACUACCAGAAGGAUCAGCUAGAAUAUCAGAGCCCAGAUUACCGUAACCGCACGUCGCUGUUCGUGUCUGAGCUGCGGAACGGCAACGCAACGCUCCGGAUCGAGCCGGUGGGGCUGGGAGACGUGGGGGGGUACCUGUGUACUGUGAGCUACAACGAGGGUACGGGAAAAGCCCAGGUGCGGCUGGACUAUGGAGCCUUCUACACAGAACCGAGGCUGAGCAUAAGCAUGAAUUGCUCCAGCAUCACACUGCUUUACGAGGCUGAGGGUUACCCAGAGCCAGAGGUCGGGUGGUUUGGUGAACAUGACGAGGUUCUCAGCAACCACAUCGACCUUAUUGACAAAGCAAAGGGAACCACAGGAUUGUAUUAUCUAAAGAGCUACUUCGUGUCUCCAAGUCCUUCCCUGAACGUCACCUUCAGACUGAAGAAUCACCUCCUCAAUCAGGUUCUGCACAGACCUGUCAGCAUCACGUACGGCGGAGAAAACUGCAGGACACUGAACGCUGUGACUACAGCCCUCAUCGUCUUCUGUGUGCUGUCCGUCCUGCUCAUUCUCAUCAUAUUAUUCCUGCUUGCAAAGAGGCAGAAAGACUCUCGGGAUCUUUCCUACACGUUAACAAACGGCAGCACAAAUGGGAGACUGUCACCGUCCAGGCCUACAGUGGGGUUGUGAUGAUCAGAGACGUGAACGUGACUUCAGAUUACACUUCAUCAUGUCUGUAACACACGCUUAUUAAAAUAGAUUUUUUUCUAAAUCCCAUGAUUAGCAGAUGACACAAUGGUUUUGCAUUUUACUGUUUAAUUUAAAAGAAAAAAAAACUUCUUAAAUUUUUUUUAUUUUUUUUUUUUUUUAUUUAUUUGAAAGGGACAAAGGGGGGGUCACGGUGGCUUAGUGGUUAGCACGUUCGCCUCACAUCUCCAGGGUUGGGGGUUCGAUUCCCGCCUCCGCCUUGUGUGUGUGGAGUUUGCAUGUUCUCCCCGUGCCUCGGGGGUUUCCUCCGGGUACUCCGGUUUCCUCCCCCGGUCCAAAGACAUACAUGGUAGGUUGAUUGGCAUCUCUGGGAAAUUGUCCGUAGUGUGUGAUUGCGUGAGUGAAUGAGAGUGUGUGUGCCCUGUGAUGGGUUGGCACUUCGUCCAGGGAUCAUGCCUUGAUGCCCGAUGACGCCUGAGAUAGGCACAGGCUCCCCGUGACCCGAGGUAGUUCAGAUAAGCGGUAGAAGAUGAAUGAAUGAAUGAACUAUUGAUGAUUGCAAUUUUGAGUGUUUUUAAUCCAUUUCUUGAGUUUGAGUUUAAAUGAUGAAUAGCUGGUGCUCUUUCUGAGUUCAGUAGGGAGACAAUUCCAAUAAUUUGAGGCCCGUACUGAAAAGACUGUUUGACCAAACUUACUUCGCCUAUACUGUAUAACACAGUCUCCCCUGGUAGCUGCCCCGUUUGCCCUAUUACUGUUAUUCCUCAGUUUUAUAAAUUCACGCAGUGAAUGAGACAAGCAUCUUGAUAAUGUGAGAAAUUGUUAAAAUUGAAUAAGUUGUAUUUAGUAAUAAUAUUACAGUGGUGAUGACUGAGGUUUUUGAUCUAAUAUUUUUAAGGUUUGCUUAUAAAAGGUCUCAAUUGGUUUUAGAGUUGUCAUAUUUGCUCGGGACCAGCUUGUGGGACCAGCUUGUGGGACCAGCUUGUGGGACCAGCUUGUGGGACCAGCUUGUGGGACCAGCUUGUGGGACCAGCUUGUGGGACCAACAAUAUAUGUGAGAAAAAAUCAUGGCAUGCAUAAAUAGUUUGGCUGCCUGUAUUGUUAUACACUGUAUGGCCUAAUGUGUCUAAAGUUAGCCAUAUUAUAUGUGAUGGUAUUAGCCACUUUUUUUUACAUGCUUUUUAAAAGUUAAAUUAGAGUCCAAAAUAAUACCAAGGUAUUUAAUAUUGGACACUUCCAUGAUUUUUUUUCUCCUUCUAUAAAAACAUCUGCCUGCUAUACAUUUGUGGACCUCUUAAAAAAGAACAUACAGACUGUUUUGUUAAUGUUAAGAUGCAGAUCUGAGAUUUUUAGCCAGGCAGAAACGUUAAUUCAGUUGCUGCCUGUUGUUUGGUCUUAGUAUGCAAAUAAAUAACCGUAUCUUCUGCAUACAUUUGUGUAUUAACAGAUUGACAAACUGAAGGCAAGUCAUUAAUAUACAGGCUUCAACAAAGAGAGAGAAGAGAGUUUGUAGUCACAACAGUAUGACAUGAUGGUGUUUAAUAAGUUCCAUCAGUGGCUGCACCACUACACAAGAGACACGUGAUGAAACGCGUUAUACCUAAAUGUGAUAAUUCUACAGGGAUGUUUAUAAUAUUUUCCCCUUAUGACUGACUGGAAACAGAAGUGCAGACGUGCCUGUAGUGUGGUGAAGAAACAGCCGUGUGUGUUACGUGACUGGAGGAAGAGAGGAUGAAAAAUAUGCUGAGCAUGAAACUCUCGAUAAGCAGAAAUCAAAACCGUACUUUUUUUUUUUUUUUUAAUGAGUGUGUCUUGAGACAGAGGUUCUAUUGUGUUACCUCAGGUUGUUUAAAUUAAAAAAAAACACCAACGAGUUAUACCUGCUGCAGUGAGUAAUGGACCUUUCAGUUUGUGUGUGUUAGUUUUUCACUGCUUGUAAUCAGUAGUAAUCAAAGCAUCUUCUCUUCCUUUUUUUGGGUUCACUGAACACAUCAGAAACAAAACAUCCUAAAGGACCUGAAGUUUCCUGAAUGACUCGUUCACUCUCCUCUUACCUGAAACUAGGUUGUGUUACAAACCGCGUGUGUGUGUGAUUGCACACUUCAUGCAGACUUUCACGAUCAACCCGGAGGUGUGAAUAUGAGAAGCUACCAGACACUGAUCUGUGAUACCAAGUUUCAGUGCUAACAAUUCAUAUUCAUUAAAUAUUGAAACGUCACAUUUCUUGUGUGUUUAGGGUUACAUUUAAUGUUCCAGUUCCUGUUCUGACUCACGGUACAGCAGCCAUAAAGUGCUCUCUAUUCUCUCUCUCUCUGUUCUGUCUCUCUCAUGAAGGUGAUUUAAUAAGUAGCACCAACCGAUGUGACCUUCUCUGUCCUUCUGGUCAAUCAGAACCCAGGAUUCAAGACCUCUGUGGUAUUAGAAAAGUAUUUAAAUUAAAAUAAACCUGAGCUUAUAUGAAUCUAUUUAUGAAAAAAAAACAGCUUAGUUUAUUAUCUUAGGUUUUAUCUGUUUGUAUGACAGGUUCUGAAGAAAUGUUUGUAAAGCUCUGUAACACCUUUACUCAAUAAAUGUAGUGAGCUUGUGCAAGGAGAA